AAAUAGCCUCUCAAUUUAUUAUUUUCACUCUAUAUUCCUACGCUGUUUCGGCGAAGUAUCUAGCUAAAAUACGCUAUGAAGCGAUUCGGCCUCAAAAAGUCGUCAGACGCCGGCGACGACGAUUCCUCCAACCGCCGCGCCCUCUUUGGAUCGAGGUCGAAGAACAAGAGCCCUCCUGCCGAAGCGAAUCCUUACGCGAAACCGAUUCCUGCUGACCCUUACACGAGGGCAAAAGCGCAGCACGGUAUAGCACCCCCACCACCUGGCGUGGACCUCGGCGGCCCUCCCAACCAUGCAUCAGGCAACGCAAUUCCUGGUGAUCACAAGUCCCAAAUACCCGGCGACAACAAAUACCAGGGCUAUGCACCCAAUGCAUAUGGCAGUCAGGGCGGGUACGGCGCAAAUCGAUACGGUGGCGGCGCGGGCGCUGCUCCCACUUCACGAUACGGAGGCUACGGCGGGUUGGGUAAUGCCGACCCUAAUGAUCCGGCGGCUGCCGAUGACAACCGAGCCGCUCUCUUUGGAAACGCCAGCGAGAGAGCUGCGGCACAACCAACAACCGCACCACCUCCUUACUCCGAGGGGCAGCCUGCCCAGGCCGGCGGCUACGGUGCCAGCGGCAAUUCGUAUAGCGCCGCUACUUACCAGGAACGACAUCUCACAGCAGAAGAGGAGGAGGAGCAGGAAGUUCAGGCAGUCAAACAAGAUAUCCGGUUCAUGAAACAGGGCGAUGUCGCCUCCACUCGCAACGCCCUCCGCAUUGCCGCACAAGCCGAGGAAACCUCUCGAGAGACGCUCGCUCGCCUUGGUGCUCAGGGUGAGAUGAUCCACAACACAGAGAAGAACCUCGAUGUGGCCGGAGUGGAAGGGCGUAUCGCGGAUGAAAAGGCUCGCGAGCUGAAGACAUUGAACAAGAGCAUGUUCGCCGUGCAUGUGUCCAACCCAUUCACGAGUGCUCAGCGAAAGAGGGAUCGCGACCAGCGAAUCAUGGACAAUCACCGACAGGUGCGCGAAGCUCAAGCAGGAACUCGGAGCGAGGCCUACAAGACCAACCAGCGCAUGGAGCAAACGUUCCGGGAAAUUGAACGAGAGGACAGGAAGACCAACAAACCAUACAAGGCAUCCGUAACCGAGCGUGCGAAAUAUCAAUUCGAGGCGGACAGUGAAGACGAAGCCAUGGAAGACGAGAUCGAACAGAACUUGAACUUGAUUGCUGGCGCAAGUGGUCGACUGAAUCUUCUGGCCAAGGCGACGGGUCGCGAGCUAGACGAACAGAACAGACACUUGGAACGUAUCAUGGGCAAGAGCGAAUCCGUCGACGAUCAGCUCGCCAUGAACCGCGCCAGGCUUGACCGCAUCCGCUAAGCUUACACAUUGCGAUUGUUAUGACGACUGCCUGGCGCCGUCUCAAAACAUUCCCAUUAUCUUAAACUGUUUCCUGUGUACCUCAGGCGUUCUGGGCAUAUCUUUUGGCUUUCUUCGGUUGUGGGCUUGUGGGCAUUGUUGAGAGCUCUAAUACAUCUGUGAAUAGGAAUAGACUUCGCUUUUCGGCUGAUCUCAUUACCCUACCGCUAGUUUGUUUAUUUACUGCAUUUAUCCACGUCAAAUUUCAUUGUAGGUUGUCGUCCGUGACGAUCCGCUACCUAGCU